UGAAGCCUGAAGCUUCGUAGGGAACCAACCCGUGUCCAGCGCAGGGAAUACCCUCACCGCCCAACCCGAGACCUUGCUCGGAUACGAUGAGGCCUGCUCGCUGCCUCGGGAUGUGCCCGGAGCGGGAGCGGUCCGAGCGCCAGAAGCAGGGUCGGCUGCACCGGCUGGAGCUGGUGACGGGUGCAGCGGUGAAGGAGUGGAGGCGGCCGGCGGCGGGUUGCGAGGCGGUGGCCCCGGCGGAGCUGCGGCCGCUCGCCGUGCUGCUGCAGACGGUGAGGCACCUAAUGGAGAAGGUGGUGCCGCGGGCCGAGCUCGGCCCCGAGCCCGAGCCCUGGCCCGUGGUCCACGACUUCGUGAUGGACCGGCUUCGCAGCGUCCGCCAGGACCUGGCCGCCCAGCGGCUCGGGGGAGACGCGGCCGCCGCCAUCCUCGAGCAGAGUCUCCGCUUCCUGCUCACCGGCCCGCUGUGGCUCGGCCGCCCGCCGUCCUACCACCCGCGGCCUAGGGAACCCGGCUCCAUCGAUGCCCAGGUGCGCGAGUGCUUCAGCCGCCUACUCGCCACGUACAGCGAGGGCGAGCAUAAAAACCAGGCGGAGUUCGAGGCCCUAGCACUGCUGUACGACCUGGGAUCGGAUAAAGCUUUGCAUCGUGCCUUGCAGUUGCCUGUCCGCAUCCAAGACUCGCCUGAGAUGAAGUUGGCGUUUUCCAUUAACCACGCCUUGGCCGAGGGGAACUACGUGCGCUGCCUGCGCGUGGUGCGUCGCCUGCCCUUCCUGGAGAGCUGUGCCAUCUAUCGACACAUCUCGAUGCUCCGACACCGACUGCUUUGUGCAUUUAGCCACGGUUAUAGUUGCCGCAACUGUCGCUACCCUCUCUGGACUCUGGUGGAGCUGCUGGCCGUGGACUCUCAGGACAUCGCCGCUGACCUCUGCCAACAACAUGGUCAGCAGGUGACGGGUGACUGGGUCUGUUUCCAGAAGAGCAGCUACAGGGACCCUGACACUAAUCCUGGACUCAUUGAGCUGGAGCUGGUAACCAGAAAGCAAGGAAACAGGACAAGGUCAAGCAUUAUCCAAGGCCACAGAGUGACAGUGACUGAGCUCUGAGUAAGCAGGGCUCGUCACCUGCUGGCCUUUCGACCAGCCCUAGACAGGGAGGGUUCUUACCUACUUUCAUCCACUCUGUCGCUAUGAUGGGUGUGGUAAGGGAGGACAUUACAAUCAGAUGAACUGUGCUAAACAUUGUAUCAUUUCUUAAUGCAUGUAUGCAUUCCUAAAUGACAAUAAAAGAGGACUGAGUGUUCUCAUAACCUAAUCUAAACCCAGACUGACGAGACCAAGGGGAUGCCCUCUCUAAGGAAACUUGGUCUGAGUCUAAUUUGUGCUAUCCGUCUGCUGGGGUGUUUGAAGGCACAUUUUAGGUGGAACUUUAGUUUCUGUCCAGUCCUGUUUGGGAGAUGUUUGACGGGACAAUACAUAGUGAGCUGUCCUCCAUGUCUGACUCAAGUUGACCCUUGCUGGGGGUAUUUGACUGCUCAUCCAAACUCUUUCAUAUCUGUUCUUGGAGUGUAUGAUGCUGGCGGAAAUAGAACUUGCCUUUUUCUCUUGCAGUGCCGGAUGUUUACUUGCUUUUGUGGGAUGUGGACUUUUAUUGACUUGGAACCAUUAUCUGAGUUUGCAUCUCCCUUGAGAAGGGAGCUGGUUGCUAUAUGUGUACUGCCUUAUCUCUCCCCAAGCCACUCUCUAUCUUCCUCUCUCUGAGCUUUCUGUGUCAUAAAUUUUGUGUCAUCCUUUUGUUUAUAAGGAAUUGUAGAUUAAAAGUAUUUUCAGUUAACAUUUGUUUCCUUUGCUGUACUCUGUGAUGUUAAUGGUGAAAACCAACUCCUCUGCUUGAUGAGGUGUCGCUUGAAACCUGACCUGGAGAAGACAGCUAGUGAAAAAUAU